AUGCUGCACAAUCGUGUUUCGAAACCUAGCUCUCAUAUUUCACUCCUAGAUGUUUGGAAGAGCUCAAUACCUCAACCAGGUCAGCGGAACCAUGGUCUCUUGAAUGGAUCCUUUCUCAGGUCCCAAGCCUUUCCAAUGGGUUCGUACUCGCGUUCACUCGCUUCGGAGAUAAACCUCUUGAGAUUGUGGAAUUCCCAUCCUCAGGGAUCCUCGAUGCUUCGUUUUGGAAAGGGGAAAGACAUUGACUCCUUCGAUAAGUUGGAUAAUAGCCAACCUCAAGUCACUCCUUACGCUCGAUCGACCGACUAUUUCGUAAGUAGUCAACUGAUCCAGUCGAGAUUCGAGAAGGCGAAUGUUAUCUCGGAAGCUUUGAUCAAGUUGUGGGCUGAGCUCUCGGCUUCUGCGGUUCGUCACGUCGUCCUCUUCCGACGGAAGUCUGAGGCUCUUACGGUAAAGUUUUCCAGAGCCGAGUCUCACGCGCAGACCGCCGGAGGGCUGGCGAUAGCCAUGGUCCGGGCGACGACAGUACUGCACAGGAGCACGCUAUCCGAAGGCGAUCAAGCGCCACAUGGCAAAUACGAUAUCGACAUGCAGACUCCCCACGGGGCAGCAAAGGCAGUCACCAAGAGCAUCCAGAAUGACGCCUCAUACUCACAAAUCUUGACCGGUGCAGCCUUGGCAGACAGAGAGUGGAGGGCUUGUAUUGGUUCAGACAAGCUGUGGCGUACUGUAGGAGGACAGUCGAAGAAUGAAGCCGCCUGUCAGCCCAGACUCGCCAAGCAUUGCCCCAUGUCCUUGAAAGCCUCCUUCACGAGUGUUAUUGGGAGAAGUCGUGGGCCAAGAGGAAUCAAGUUGGCUCUGCUUUCGGAGCGACGUCGCUAUGUAACCAAAGACACACAAGGCAGUCUGGGAGGCGCUGCGGGGAAUACUUUGCAAACAGCAAAUAGAUGGGCGAAAUUGGAGAAACUCAUGGUGGAGCCGUCUGCUGCGGGUGCCGCCAAUCAGGCAAGCAUCGACGGUCCUUGCAACGCUAGUCUUUCUCCGCUCCCUGCAUCUCUUCCGAGUCACUUGCACCGGACGUGCAUCCUUCUCUCCAAAGCCAGCAGUUUGUGGCAGACUGAAGCCGGGGAAAGCAGCUGCACGCAUGUGAUGUUGCCCAUGCACAAUUGGCUUUGCAGGACUCCAACAUCCAGAAGUACGGGACGAGUGCGAAGGCUAAGGGCCUGGGCUCCCGAACACCUUCACUUUGCUCCACAGCAUCCUGGGUCAGCCACCCGCGCGCUGCUGCAACGCUUUCUCACACUUCACAGCAGCUCGUUAUCUUGCUGUCUCUUCCUAUACAGAUUGAGAGCCCUUGCUCGAGAUCGCCCAACCCCCCGCCGGCAUAUGGAAUUCGUCGUUGACUUCUUCUGCCUUCUUCUCAAAGCCAUUUGCUAG